UAGCCCAGAAAAGAAGAAAAGGCCAGCUAAUGGUAAGAUAAUUUUUGUGCUUUUAAUGAUAUUUCAGCUUUGAUACAGUAUUAGGUUAAUUUAUUGGGUAUUGCGCUCCAUUGCACAAAACAGCAGCUAAAUAAUUUUCCCAACAGCCUGUUUACAAGCACAGAGAUAUGGUUAUAAGUCAUAGAGAUACAGUAUGCUACUUUAUGUAUGUAUAAGCAUGGAGAUAUAUUUCCAACAGAAGUUUUAUGCCCUAGACGUUUUAUGCCCAACGUGCAGAUGUACAUGCACCAACCGAAACAGCAGGUAACAUUAACCCAGGAUUGACAUUAGUCCAGCUGUGAAUGAAUGGCCCAGGUAAAUUCCUUUCAACAGAGAGUACAGGAAUUAAGCUGUGGAAAAACUUUGUUAAAUGGCCUAUAUAGUCAUACACUUUAACACAUCUGCCAUUUGUAUAAAAUAAUCAAUUCAAUUAAGCAACUUAUUAACAAUCGUCAAGUAGCCGCAUAGAGGUGAUACGCAACAGUGGCAACUACUUUUAAGUAGUUUUAAGUAGUUUUAAGUCUUAAAAGACGCAAAGUGCAAUCAGAAAUAAAACAAUUAAUUAAAGGAAGGAAAUGUUUUACAAGGAUAAGGUUCAUCAGCUUUAUAAGAAACUUUAUACUCAUUCAUAACCUUUCAAAGCAUGUGGCCCUGAAAAUAUUACACUGUGUAUAUUAAAGGAAUUUGCUCACGAGUUUGCGGAACCCAUUGCAACCAUUUUUAUCACAUCUCUGACCUCUGGAACAUUUCCCACCGCAUUGUGCAUUAAUUUCCCAAUUCCAAAAGUGUCAAAACCGACUUGUGAAGGAGAUACUCGACCAAUCUCUCUCACUCCUUGUCUAUGCAAAGUCUUGGAGGCCUUUGUUGUACGAUGGAUGAUGGAAGACGUCGUGAAUAAUAUUGACGUACAGCAAUUUGGUUGUUUAAGAGGAUCAUUAAUAGCAUAUUGCCUUCUCGGUAUGAUGCAUACAGUAUUUGGCUAUUUCUGCACAGUGUGUAAGGCUUGCAUGGUAGCGCUACCUCGGACUGGCUAGCGGUUACAGCUGGUGUACCGCAAGGAACAAUCUUAUUUUUUAUAAUGAUCAACAAUCUAAAUAUUUCAUCCCCAGAGCUAUAGAAUACUCACUGGUACUUGGAAAUUCAUGGACGAUGUCUCCAUUUCUGACUACCUGUCAAGGAACAGUGAAUCCCAUGUCACUUUGGUGACGUGAAUAUAUGGGCUGACAACAACUUGAUGAAGCUAAAUCCAAAGAAGUGUAAAGAGAUGCACGUCUGUUUUCUUAAAGAGCGACCCACUCCAUCCCCUGGAAAUUGUUUCCCAUCAUAAUUAGGUUCUUGGCGUGCUCAUACAGAAUAUUCUUAAGUGGACAUAUUGCUAUAUAUGAUUGUUAAAAAGACCUCCAAGCGUUUCCAUAUCCUUAGAGUUCUUAAACGGUGUGGAAUUCCGCCUCAUGAACUAAUCCUUAUUUACUAUGCCCUCAUUCGCUCCGUUUUGGAGUAUUGCUGUAUUGUGUGGCAUAAUAGUCUACCAGUUUAUCUGGCUGACUCACUUGAAAGAGUCCAAAAAAGAGCACUGAUCAGAAUAUAAUCCUCCCUGACAGGUCUUACCCAGAAGCUUUGAGUGAGCUUCAUUGUCCUCGUCUAGAUGAGAGACGCGAUGCUUUGUGCGAAAUAACGAUUAAAAUGAUAACUGAUGGUAUAACCGGCUACUGUAUCUCAUCUUUUACCUCAGACCAGAGUAGAGAAAUUGUGAACUAUAAUUUACGUAAUUCUAACAACUGGUUGUCAUUCAAAUGUAGAACUGAUUGCUUUUAAACUAUGACAAUAUGUACCUUUCUUACUUUACAUCUAAAUUUUAAAUUGUAUAUAGCAUUAGUUUUAUUGUAACUUUAUAACUUAGGUGAUUAUUGUAAGCACAUUGCCAUUGUAAUUCAAUUCUUCUUCUGAUGAGCCAUUAAAACGCAUAAUACUGUAUAUGUACAUGUGGUGUGUUUUAAUCUCAUUUGCAAUGAACUGAAAUCAUUUCUACUGGAUUGAUAUAUUGCAUUGCAUCUUGACUAUAAUAAUGUAAGUGUGGCAUCUACUUCAUUAUAUUUUACUUGGGAUUAGGAAACGACAAGGAAGCAAAGCAAUUAAAGUCAAGCCAGCAAGAGAGCGAGCGCAAAAAGGUACUGCCUAUAAACUUGUACAUUAUAAUUGUUUUUAUUAUAUAAUGGUGUUUUUUCUUCGUUUUUACUUUGAAUGAAUGUCAAUUUGGUAUUUUCUGAAAAUCUAGUUACCUUUUUUCUAUCUAGAAGCAGCAGUGGGUGUCGUCAUCUUUUGAUGAUUUCGACGUUUCAACUUCUCAAGUACUUGCCACAAACAAGAAUCCAAAGCCACAACAGCCACACUUGAAAAGUAUGCGAGAAUGAAUUUUCUGUUACAUGUAGUUGACCAUUGUGUAAUUCUAAACCUAUGAUUUGUUUUGAGCCUUCAAAUUUGUCAACAAUCAAUUGUCAACAAACAAUUUGUCAACAAACAAUUUGUCAAUGUUUGUGAAUUGAAUUACUCUUUCCUAACAAACAGGGGCACAACACUGGGGUGGAGUGGGUUGGGGUGAAGUGGCGUGUGGUGCGAAGGGAGUCUACGACCUGAAUAUGUGACAUCAGUAGCGUUUGACUUAUUGAAAGCGUGUGUACUAACUUCAUGUUACAUUUCAUGUUUUUAGAGAAAUCAAGUAAAACUGACAAACCAAGAGUUCCAAUAAAUAGCAAUGAUUUAUGGUGUGACAAAUAUUCUCCUUCAUCCGAGGUACAUUAUUUGAUUUCAAAUCAUUACAAGAAGCAGCGUUUUAAACAAACUUCAGUUCACAUGCAAGAUUAGUCAUAAUAUAUAGUUUCUGUCAAGCUCAGAAGUUUUUAUUAUUAUGGAUCAUAUAUGUACAUUAUGUCAUUAGAUUAUUAUGGAUCAUAUAUGUACAUUAUGUCAUUAGACAGGUUCAGAAUAUUAACUACCGCUACCGUUACCGUUACCGUGCACUACCGAAAUUAACCGAUGCAUUUAAUCUACCCGAUUAACCAAUCAAAUGCGUAUUAAGCCUGUGAGAGGUAGUGGCAGUGGAAGUCAAAUCUGAACAUCCCUAUAUUAUCAUAUUCCGAUAAGGAAACUUUGAUUCUGUUAUUUGAAUAUUGAUUUCGUUUCUACCGGAAAAUCUCCAUCUUGCCAUCAAUUUCUAGAAAAGUAACUGUCAACCAAUAACGUGCAUGCGCUUUAACAAGUAUAUCUAUAUGUACACUACGUCAUCGUUGUCAUUAGAGACCUUAAGAUUGACGUUUAUGGCAGAGCGCGAACGGCAAACUUCAAGUCGUAUCUUGAGGUCAACUGUUAUCUCUUGGAAGUUAGGUUAAUUUGUACACUAGAAUUGAAACAUGAAUUAGCUAAAAACUUGUCGAAACCUUCGAAAACUUGUAGAACUUACCUUCAUAUCAGGGUGUUAUAAGCUUGGGCAGUUUUCCGGUUUUGUACGGGUUUUUUUAUUAAACCGGUUUUUUUUCAAUAACCGGAAAACCGGUUUAUACUACAUAUCAAAAAGCGCAAUAUAUAAUUGUUAAGCAAUGCUGACAUAUGUGACUGUUUUCACGCGCGCGGUGUCAAAUUCAUUUGCAGACGCAGCCUAAAGCCGUAAAGGCAAUAACUGAGUCUUUACUUCGCCAAUUAUCAGCGCAAACAUGGCUACACAAAAUGUUAGCGCUGCCGAUUUACGCUCAAAAAAGUCGUUUACAUCCCCAGUUUGGCAAUACUUCGGGUUUAAAAUUUCGUUCAACGGCAUCUCCGCGAUCAUCAUCCUGCGAAGGCACAAGAGCUCGGGAAACAAGGUUGAUAAAAUUACAAUUAUCGAACCUUACCGCUGAAGACUCGUGUAAUUCGUGCAAUUGUUGAGAGUUUAUAUUAUGUUUUCAUUUGUACCUAUUUCCCAGCGCGCACACAACAUGAAAUUGACGUUGUUUCAAGGUUGAACAGGCAUCGAAAUGACGUUUUCAAACCAUUUAACGUCGAUUUCACGUUGUUUACCCGCUAGGAUAGCGGUUAUUGCGAGUUAUUCAAUAUUGGAAUCGCGUUAAUUUGUUGGGUUAAAAAACCCGGUUUUUCGGUUUAACCGGUUUUAUAGCGUACGGUUUACCGGUUUUAACUUUAACCAAAACCGCCCAAGCUUAGGGUGUUAGCUAGCCCAUACUGUAUACUGUCCGUUUGACGGACUCUUCCCAAUUGAAGUAGCUAAGGGGCUUUCCCAACUGGGUCUACUGGAAGAUUUUCAUUUUUUCUGAUGAGAAAGUACUUGCAUUGCUUUUGAUUUUAUAUUAUUAUAUCAAAGAACGUUUUAUUUACUUUUUCCCAUUUACUAUUUCCUCAAAAUAUAUCGCGUUUCAUUCAUAUUGGAUGUGUAUUCACUGAAAUGAAAUGUACAAAACAAAGUGUAAUCGAUGUGCAUCUGUGUUCAUUCACCGGAAAUGAAAUAUACAAAACGAAGUGCUAUCGCGUGCAUUUUUCAUGGUUCAUUCACCGGAAAUGAAAUAUACAAAACCAAGCUACCGUUGUUUGCAUCUAAGGAGAAACACGUUGGAAAAAAAACACUAUUUAUUCCUACACAAGGACUUUGAUCGGUCAAAAAAACUUUCCCAAUUUACGUUUAACGGACAAAACUUUUUUUCUGGCUAACACCCUGCAUAUGCGAUUUGAAGUUUCACGUUUGCGGUUAGCAGUUUGCCUUAAACGUCAAUCUUCACCGCUCUAUAAUGGAGUUAAAUGUACAGCUGCGUAACUUCCAAAACUGUGAAACUUCCAGUGAAUUUUACAUAACUGUUAUCACACCAAAUUAAAUUAAUGACAAACAUAAUUCGGUAUUUCCAUCAGAUGAUAAAUACAGUAAUACGGCAUAACAACGUUAUGAAGCCAUAUACCCAAUUUCUUAUAUUCGUUUAGCGUCAAUUUCUUUUUUAUUUUGAUAAUUAUCUUGGGUUAUGUAAAUUUUGUUAAAACUCUUGUGUUCUCAUUGUUUUCCCAUUUUCUUCAGGCGGAUCUUGCUGUACAUAAGAAGAAAGUUGCAGAGGUCCGUGAUUGGCUACUUUCCCACCUUUGUUUACAGGUACAUUUUUGGCUGUUGGUGAGAUGGCAUUUUUUACUGAAGUCCGAAGUGUACCCGCCGUACCGUAUUCCGUAUGGGCGAGUCUCCAUUAACUCUAACUUCUCGUUUGUGAAAUAAUAUUGCAAAACUUUCAAUCCGGCCUACUUGAUGAUUAAAUGGACUAGUCUUAUACGUUUCUUGCAACUUGUGUCGUUUUCUUUCAGGGACAUGCUGUCUAGGGACGAGCCGACGAGAACUUGUUGUGGGUCCCUGCCAUCAUGGGCCCCUAAAAUUAAAACAUUGGAAAAUAGAUUAGUUUUGAAAAUCAAGAUUAAGAUCAUAUUACAAUGUAUAUUUUAAUAAUGUAAAUUUACGAAAAUAUUACCGAAAAAUGUAACAGAAUCCGGUACAUUAAUUCGAAAGUUAAUCAGGGUAUGUUCGGAUUGUUUUUUUGCCCCCCGACUGAUUUGUUUCAUGUUUUCUCAGUAAUCCCCCCACGCCAAUCUUGAUCCAUCCGUCGCUGGACCUGGACCCAUCAGACGUUCAUUCGUCGUCCUUUUCAAGACGCCAGCCAUCCUCGUUCCCAGGGCUUCUCGGCUGCCUGCGUUGCCGGCAACGCAGGCAGCCGAGAAGCCCUGGGAACGAGGAUGGACGCCAGCACGUCCCUGUUUUCUAGCUUUUUGUAUACUUUUAUUGGAAAGUACUGUAAAUCAUUUAAUUAACACGUGUUGAGUGGGACCAAGGCAAACAGUAUGUUUUGUUGACCGAAGACUGCCAAUUUUUCCGGAGGGAAACGUUGUCAGUCGAGCAUCCACAAAACAUACUGUUUCCUGAAAGUCCUAGUCAUUAAGUAUAAAAAUGAAAAAGAAACGAGAAGGAACCACAACUUUUGCUUCACAACUAAGCGAUUUUAUUAUUCACCCGUGAAUGAUAUUAUUGUCUGCCACUCAGAACAGUUACCCUCAGGAGACAGUUGAAUUUCACGACCGUCACACGAGUCUCGUCCAAUGAUAUGCAAGAAUACAGUCAUGAACUAUGUGUAUAAUAAAUGUAGUUUUCUUAACCUUGCAUGAUGACAACGCUUCAUCAAUUUGUUUAUAUUGUUAUUAGCUGGCCUUUAUAUGAAAUUUAAUGUGAAAAUGUAGUUUGUGUAAUUAUAAUGUUGUUUUUUUCUCCAAUAGAGUGGAAAUGGGGUGUUGUUACUAACUGGCCCGCCAGGUAGUGGUAAAACAGCAACAUUACGAGCUUUGGCAAAGGAAAUUGGCGUGGAGAUACAAGAAUGGGUUAAUCCAUUAGUACAGAAUAAAGAAGAUGGUAUGUUGUAUACUAUAUUUGCAGUUCCAUGCAUAGCUACUGUACGUUAAUUUUUGUAGGUAGCUAAUAAUAUUAUCCCGUUAGCACCCCCUCUGAUACACAUUAUAAAUGCCUGUAUAGAUUCUAAUUCAUUUCCCUCUGCCUGGAAGCUAUCAAGAAUAUCGCUUAUUCCCAAAACCGAAGCACCUAGGAACUACGUUGAUUUCAGAUCAAUCGCAAUCUUACCCGUCUUGUCUAAGAUAUACGAAAGACUGGCUCUCAAGCAGCAACUGCCCUUUAUCGACAAUUGCCUAAACGACAACCUGUAUGGUUUUAGAAAGGGUCACUCUAUGAUAUACCGAUAAUGGAUCACUCUAGGGUCACUCUACCGCUACGAUCUUAAUGGCUAUGAGAGCCGAUAUUAUGCGUGCCAUGAAAAAGGAGAACUCACCCUCAUGUUACUGGUUGACUUCUCCAAAGCAUUCGACAUCAUAAACGUCAAGAAUGUUCUACAUUAGGAAAACUACAUCUACUAAUAAAACUUCUCUCAUGACUACUUAUAUUGGCUAACAAGCUACUUAACAAACCGCCAUCAGUAUGUCCAAAUUGACGACAGAAAAUCAAAAUCAGCUCCUGUGUGCUUCGGAGUACCUCAAGGAUCUCAAGGGUCAAUACUCGUCCCCUUUAUUUUUAAUCUAAUAUAUGUAUCUGAUAUUGAUGUUCCUCAAACUUGUCACCAAUACGCAUGACGACACUUCGUUAUACGAACAUUGUAAAACCUGAAAUCUUGACGAGUCCAUCACCAAUAUGCAACGAACAUUAGAAUCUUUAAAUAAUUGGUCUACCAAUUCCAACCUUUUGCUAAAUCCUAAGAAAACUAAAUCCAUUUUAUUCUUUAUAUCGCAAAUGUCACGACAUCACUCACUUUACAAAGUACAACUCGAUUUCGUGCAGCUGUGCUAGCCUAACAAUGAAAUUGAGCGUGCAACUACUACCAAAAUAUUAGGUGUCAUCUUUUCUGAACACCUAAAUUGGAACGAAUUUCUGAACACCUAAAUUGCGUUACAAGAGGGCUGGCGGCGGGAUGGUUUAUAUUAUCACUCAGAAGGUGGGAAGAAUGCCUCAGGGCUUCAAAUGCGUUGACAGCAAUAAAUUCUAUCCUUGCCAUCCUCUUGUCCAUAUCACUCUAUCUUAUCCAUUUUGUCCCUCAGGUGUUCUUUGUCGUUCUGCUGGAUGUCUCCAUGUUACUUAAUUGACGGAUUCGUCCUCUCUUCUCAUAUUGUGCACAAACCAUCGCAUUCUAGGUUAUCUUCUCCGAUAAUGCAACCUUCCAAGCUUUCACCUUCUGUUCUAUCCAGCCGCUGUUCUUCUCUUUCGUAAAAACAAUGCCUUUAUGUAAAGAUUUGAUGUUAUAAUAAUAUUUUUCGAUGCCAUCGUAGUGUAAAAAAAAUAAAUAUAAAGAAAACGUUAUCUUGUAGUAUUGAAGUUGGUGUUAACAUUUCCUCGAUUGAACUUGUAAUCUCGUAUAUACUUGUUUUUAGAUUUCGAUAAUUCAGAGUGGAAAACAUACGAAGGAGUGGUAUAUCGUCAGUCACAGUUGAAAAAUUUUCGAGACUUCUUCUUGAGGGCAAACAAAUAUUCGUGUUUAUCUCUUGGUGUAUCCAAUGUAGGACAAGAUAAAAAGAUCGUUCUUGUUGAGGUAACGUUUCCCAUUGCAGGAUGCACGAGGUAGAUAGAAAUUACCGAUGCGAAAUAUAAUAUUAUUAUAUAAGUGUUUCCUUUCACUUUUUUAGGAUCUACCCAACGUAUUUUACCGAAAGGCGACCGAACUACAUGAAAUUAUAGGGUAUCUUAAAUCUUUUGAUUCCUAUAAAGUAUUUACAGUAGGUGCAAAUAAUUACAUUAACUUCGAAAUAAAUAACAAGAUAAAUAUACUGUACAGUCUUUGACAAUACCGUAGAAAGCCAACAAAAGCUGUUCGUCAAAAACCGUUGUUGUCUACUAUGUGAAAAGUUCCACAUCUAGUUUGAGCUAACCAUUACCUCAUUCUUCGAUUUGUCGGUGAUUGGCAAGACCCAAUAGCAUUGCUCUCGCUUAUUGCGUUGAUCAAUUUCUUAACAGGUCAUACCAGAGACGUAGUAGAAAUCCAGUGGUGUUUAUUGUGUCAGACAGUAACAGUAAUGAUACAAAUGCUUACCGUUUGUUUCCCAAAGACAUCAUACACGAACUUGGCAUCGUACAAAUCAGGUAUCCAUAGAUUUGUCAACGCUCAGAUUGAUUAUUGUAAAUGCAUGCUAGAAAUGGAACUGAUAACAGUGGAAAUAUUUUCAAAUUCGUAAAAUUUCCAUUCGUAUUGUUAAACACAGAAGAAUGCACUGAACUAAAGAAAACCGUCCAACAUGUACAGUCAAUGUGGUAGAUACUGUACAACGCUUCAUCCGCACCGAAGUUAGACUACAUUAAUUUUUACAAAUUUCCCAUGCCAUCACAGGCCCGCAUGGAAGGAAAAAUGUACAGUAGUUGGCAUUUGCAAUGGGACAAUUUUUAGUGGAAUUUCUCCUUGGACUACGAAAUGUUCAUUACAAGGGAUAACAUAGUGAUAAAGAUGUACUGUAUAUGUUUGUGUGAUGUUACUCUGAGUGUAAAUCCACACCGGGCAGGCUUGAAAAAUAUGCCUGGCCACGGCGGAAUUCGAACCUACGACCUUUGGAAUACUAGCCCAAUGCUCUUCCAACUGAGCUACGCGGUCAGGACGGUUCGAGUAUGCGAUAUUUCGGAACUGAGUCUAGUUCCUUCGAUAUCAGUGUAAUCUAAUAAUCAUGUAAUCUGCUGUGUUGGUGUAAUGUACUCAGGUGAAUAAGAUGUUUGUGUGAUGUUACUCUGAGUGUAAAUCCACACCGGGCAGGCUUGGUGUAAUGUACUCAGGUGAAUAAGAUGUUUGUGUGAUGUUACUCUGAGUGUAAAUCCACACCGGGCAGGCUAGUAUUCCAAAGGUCGUAGGUUCGAAUCCCGCCGUGGCCAGGCAUAUUUUUCAAGCCUGCCCGGUGUGGAUUUACACUCAGAGUAACAUCACACAAACAUCUUAUUCACCUGAGUACAUUACACCAACACAGCAGAUUACAUGAUUAUUAGAUUACACUGAUAUCGAAGGAACUAGACUCAGUUCCGAAAUAUCGCAUACUCGAACCGUCCUGACCGCGUAGCUCAGUUGGAAGAGCAUUGGGCUAGUAUUCCAAAGGUCGUAGGUUCGAAUCCCGCCGUGGCCAUGCAUAUUUUUCAAGCCUGCCCGGUGUGGAUUUACACUCAGAGUAACAUCACACAAACAUCUUAUUCACCUGAGUACAUUACACCAACACAGCAGAUUACAUGUACUGUAUAGUUUGUUCCCCUAUGUUCACGACCCAUGUGUAAGAGCUGUUCACGUAAACGACUUUAAUUGUUAUGACCAACAAUGAUAUACAUGGACUGUAUGGUGUUCUCUUUUUUCCAGCUUCAACCCAGCUUCAAUAACAAGCUUAAACAAACUUGCAAAAGAGAUCAUUUCGACCGAGUCAAAAAAGGUAUCAGCCUACUUGUGUACAAUGUUGGUUUUGGCAUUAGAUUUCACAAAUUUUUAACGUGUAUAAUGCAUUACGUACUGCUUAAUAUGUGAUACGAACAACAAGUAGAUGCAGCUAGUUUACAAUGUUGACAAAAGUCAUGCAUGUAUGCGAUUUAAUAUUUUGCAUAAUGCGAUUUAUGUAAUUUAAUCCUGUUUUAUUUUAUUGUAUUGUAGAAAAGAGCCUCAUUUCAAAAUCCUUCAAAAGAAGUUAUUGAUAAUCUGGUUUCGGGUUGUAAUGGUGAUAUAAGAGGACUAAUUAAUAAUUUACAGUUUACCUGCCUAAAAGGU